AUGGAAGAAGAAAGUUGGAUAUCAUCCAUUUUGACUAUAAGUGCCAUAUGCAGUGUCUUCAUUUUUGGAUAUUUGACAGAUAAACUAGGAAGAAAAUGUACUUUGUUGAUAGCUGGUAUGCCGUAUCUACUAAGCAACAUUAUUCUUGCGUAUGCAUCAUCGGUAUACCUGUAUUAUAUAGCUAGGUUUCUUAUGGGUUUUACUCUGGGAGCGCUUGCUGUUUUGCCUAUAUAUAUUAGCGAAAUCAGCUACAAAAACCAUAGAAAUGUAUUAGGACCUUUAAUUGGUUGUGCAGCUUGUUUUGGUAGUUUAUUCCCUAACGUGUUGGGACCAUUCGUUUCCAUGAAAACGUUUAGUUUAGUACAAGCCGCUAUGGCUGCAAUUUAUUUGGUAUUUUUUGCGAUUCUGGGAGAGGAAGGUCCGCAAUUUUACAUAAUCAGAAACAAGGAGUUUCAAGCCAGAGCCGUACUAGAACGGUUAAGAGGUGGUUACGAAGACAUUGACGAAGCAUUUACAGAAAUUAAAAAUGGAUAUAAUGAAGAAAGACAAGCAACAUUAAGAGAUAUUUUGACUUCUAAGGCUUUAAAAAAAGCGUUUAUCAUUUGUACGGUAUUACUUGUUUUGCAGCAAUUUUGUGGCAUUGUUGCAAUAACUUUUUAUGGACAAACACUUUUCGAGAAAAGUAGUAUACAACUAUCUCCAGAGUUAUCUGUUAUACUACUGGGAACGGUUCAACUAGUGACGAGCUUUAUAACACCUUGUGUAAGCAAUAAAUAUGGUAAAAAGACUUUAUUAAUUAUUUCAGGAGUAUUAACAGCACUGUCACAAAUAAUUUUGGCUAUCGAUAGUUAUGUCGAUGGGAUAGCAAGGUUCGCUCCAGCUUUUAGGUUCUUACCUCUAUUGUGUCUUAUCGUAUUUAUUAUUGGUUAUAAUCUAGGUAUUGGACCGCAACCCUGGAUAAUAAUGGGAGAGAUAUUUCCAACCAGGGUAAAGACAGUUAUUAGUUCUGUGGAAGGUUGCACGCUUUUUGUUUGUGCCUUUUUAAUGACCAAAUAUUACAUGCACAUUGUGAGGACGAUAGGCUUUCAGGGCUAUUUUCUUUUCAGUGCUAUAUGUUGUAUUAUGGUGACAAUAUUUUCAAAGUUUUACGUGGUUGAGACGAAAGAUAAGAGUCUUGAAGAAAUACAAAGAGAUCUUUCUAAAUAA